CAACUUGAUGUUUUUAUCGUGGGGGUGGGGUGGGAUCGUCUGCUGUGAGGAGUUGUACUGAAGCAACAAACGUUAUUUCGUCGAGGUUUUAAUCGUUCUGCUGGAUGUCUCUGCGUCUUGGCGACAGUACGAUCCACUACCAUGUCACGUUACUGAGAAACAGAAUUGAGAAACGCCAUUUGAUACCUCUCGAACAAGAUGACAGAGAGCGUGCUUCUAAAAGAUGUUACUGGGCAGCAGCAGGAUGCAGCAGAAUUGGUAACCUAUUUUCAUGAUCUACUCAUCCAUGGCCACUCAGAACAUCCCUCGAUGUCAAUAAGUUUUCAGGACGCAGUACAAGAGAAAUUGUACCAGACGAUGCUUCACGUUGGUUCAAGACAUCUUAAGAGGGCCAACGAUCGUGAUGGCCUGAUGGCGAAGUUCCUGGCUGAAUACAUGAACGAGGUACUUGGCGCUUUCCAGCCACCCCUUGAUUUCGAGUGUGUUUCAAGUGAUGUAAAGAUGGAGAUUAAAGCAGAACCAGACUGCGAGGUCGAUGGAACUGUGCAGUCUGCAACGAAUUUAGGGCAGGUUGAGAGCGUUCAGGAAGAGAAAGUUCCUAAGGGAGAGCAUAAUGUGGUGAAAGGAGUCAAAGAAAGGAUACGCUAUCGAACGGGAAAGAUUAAGACGUGCCCAGGUUGUGGUUACCAGUUUCUUGGUACCUGUCUCUACCCAAAGUGUAUCUUUACAUACACUUGAAACGGAGACACGCAGGACGGGAGCAAGAGGUUCUGGCUUUGUACGAAAAGUCGCAGAGGUUAAAAAUAAGGAACAUAAAUUAGCAGUCUAUUGCUUAUCAGAAUGGCAGCGUUAAUACAAUUGAUCUGUGCUAUUGGCAUCUUCUUUAUACAUCCCAGCAGUUUUUAUGUCGUGGGUAGCUGGGUUCUUUCCGGUCCUCUUAUUAUACAGACACACACAUUGUCGAAUGUUGUUUUACAGAGUUAGAAUGCAUAAAAUAUAUUUAGGGAGGAAAAUAACACUUUACUAGCUUGA